AUGGGGAGUCAUAAGAAGCGAUCCAGAAGCCGUGAUCAUUCGAGCGAGAGGACGUCUAAAAGACUCCGAAAGUUAGAAGAUAGGAUGGAAGAAAUCGCAACGGGUUUUGCUGCGAUAAGAGAAGCCAUCUUAUCACGAGAGGCUCCAGAGUUGGAGGUGCCUAAUACAGACACAGCAGUUAUUGAAGAGAUCAAAGAUCAGGAGCAGGAUCCUGCGGCAAAACAACAUGUUGAUUCCGAAAAAUCCCAGGUUAUAGAUCUGGAUCCUCCCACCGAGGAAACUGAGAAUCAAAAAGACGGAUCUACAGAAGUAGGAGGUCCUUCUGCGGGAAAUGUAAAAGAUUCUGCUACAUCGGCUGCAGACGAGAUUCCAUGGGAAUUAGAUGCAGAUGGUCUUCGUAUCUUUGGGGAAGAUCCUGCGCAAAAAGAGCCUGAGUUGAUCUUACACUCUAGUGUCGCUAUACGUUGGAAAAAAUAUUUGUCAGAAGGUCUUAAAAAAGAGGUAAAGGAUUCCCUUAUGGAAAAAUACCCUAGGAAGGGUAAGCUUUCAUUCGAACCACCGAUUCUAAAUGAUAAGGUGGCAGUAAAUCUGAAAGAAUCGGCUCUAAAAAGAGACAAAUAUUUUGGAGCAACACAGAAAUUGGCAGGAUCUGCUUUAGCAGCGUUGGCUCCGGCAAUCGAGUCGUUGGCACCACUGAGGGAUGCAGAAAGUAUGAAAAGAUUAGAGCAGAUCUGGGACGCUGCGAAGCUGCUAAUCGAAAUUCAUAGAUCUCAAACAGUAGCACGUAAGGCUUGCAUCCUGCCUACUUUGUCCAAGCAGUGGGCUACUGCUCUUGAAAAAAGAGUAACAGAUAGUUACUUGUUCGGAGAGAAGUUGGUGGAUAAAGUGAAAGAGAUUAAGGCUAUUGGGAAGGUUGGUGAGGAGAUGAAGUCGGCUCCAGUUAAGAAAACUUUUGUAUCACCUGGUCCUUUAAACGCGAAGGGCUCGUCGAGCCAGAAGAAGUCAGUGACUCAGACGGGCGGGAGAACAUCAGUCUUGAAAAAACCACUGAUUUCCAGAUUUCCACCCAAGCAAUCAACUUACCCGAAGUCGAGUCAAUAUCGACAGCAAAAUCAGCGUUCUCAGAACCAGUCAACAUUAAAAAAUUAUAAUGGGACUCUAAAACUCUGGUGGCGAUGGAAUGGACAGAAUGAUGAGGAUCCGUAUGUUGUGUCAGUGGCAAAGAUUUUGAAGUUUCUUUCGGAAAGAUUUGAUGAUGGUGUUGGAUAUAGUACGCUUAACUCUGCGAGAGCAGCACUGUCAUUAAUAUCAGCGGAGGAUGUCACAAAUAAUCAACUGAUCAGUCGAUUCAUUAAAGGAUCUUCAAAGAUAAGGCCCAGUUUACCCAAAUAUGAGUCCACGUGGGAUGUGGAUCCAGUUUUAGAUAAGUUGGCAACGUGGUUUCCAAUUAAAACUUCUCGACCGGGGGCUCCGCAACCAGUAUUGAAGAUCCCUUUUUUCCGUGAUAAACCUGAGCUGUGUAUUGCACAUACUUUAAACCAGUACCUAGUGAUGACAAAAGCCCUGCGAGGAAACAUUGACUCAUUAUUUGUUUCUUUUAACAAGCCUCAUAAGGCAGUAAAAAGUGAAACAAUUAGUCGUUGGAUCAGAUCGACGUUGGUCACUUUAGGAGUGGAUAAGAGAUUCACUGCGCAUUCUACGCGGCAUGCCUCGACAUCGAAAGCAUGUGCAAGAGGUGUGAGCAUUGCGGAAAUUAAAAAAGUGGCUGGUUGGUCUCCAAACUCAAGAGUUUUUGCUGAUUUUUAUCAUCAGCCAAUAACUAUUGAAAAUAAUUCAUUCACAAAGUCUGUUUUAUCACCCAGUCUACUAAGUUAA